CAGAGCACCAAGAACCCAUCAUCACUUCAAAAUCUCUUUCUUAUUUUACUUUACUUUUCUCAUUCUUCCAUUAUUUUUUCAUACGAUACCCAAGAAACCAAGUAAUUAAAAACUCCCUCCGCUGGCAAUGGCCCCGUCUUUCCCAUUUCCCCUUUAGUAGCUCCAUUUCCUUCUCUUUCCCUCCCAACACACACACUCAUUAUGACCAACCCUCUUUCUUAGAGAGAACCCCCAAUGGAAAUGGAUUGCAGCUCUUUGACUGAGUCUGGUGGGUCUUCCACUUCCUCGCCGCCCAAUUCAUCAGCCGAAUCCCUCAAUGGCCUCAAAUUUGGACACAAAAUUUACUUUGAAGAUGUGGGUAUUGGAGAGCUUCCUAAAUCAGGCGGGGGGGGAUCUUUCUCAUCCUCGCCUCUUAUUGCAUCAACACCCACCAAGAAGCUUAGGGGAGGCGUUGUUCAGCCGGCUCAGCCCCCUAGGUGUCAGGUUGAAGGCUGUAAAGUAGAUCUAAGUGAUGUUAAGGCUUACUAUUCCAGACACAAAGUUUGUACUAUGCACUCCAAAUCCCCCAAGGUCAUUGUUGCUGGUCUUGAGCAAAGGUUUUGCCAACAGUGUAGCAGAUUUCAUCAGCUUCCUGAAUUUGAUCAAGGAAAACGUAGCUGCCGCAGACGUCUGGCUGGGCAUAAUGAGCGCCGUAGGAAGCCACCGCCUGGGUCACUGUUGUCCACUCGUUAUGGUCGCUUCUCUUCAUCUAUCUUUGAAAACAGCAGCAGAGUUGGAAGCUUUCUGAUGGACUUCAGUGCAUAUCCAAAGCUGACUGGAAAGGAUGUUUGGUCGUCGUCGGGUAUGAAAGCAUCAUCCGAACGGGUGCCCGGAAAUCAAGGCAUCACUUCUAUGGGGAAAUAUAUCCCAAAUCCUUGGCAGAGCAAUCCAUCUGAACUUCUCCUGCCAGUUUCUUCAGCAGGUGGAACCAGUUAUUCUGGUCCUGGUAAUCCUUCUGGGGAAUGCAUCAAUGGAGUCACUGACUCAUCCUGUGCUCUCUCUCUUCUGUCAAACCAAACAUGGGGCUCCAGAAACCGAUCGACGCCUCUCGAGGUAAAUGCAGCCUUGUUGAAUGCUGAAGGUGCACUUGUGGCUCAAACAACAUCAGCUCAUGCUGCUACCAAUCACUUCCCGAUGUCGAUGUCGAUGUCGUCGUGGAGUUUCAAGGGAAAUGAAUCUCCUGCUAGCAUCUCCCUGGACCUGGCAUCUGACUUGGGUCUGAAUCAUCAAGUUUCACAGGCUCUUACUACUAGUUCUUUCUCUGGUGAUGUCCAGUUUCCUAAUCAGGGUAGUAGGAGGCCAUACAUGGAACUUGGGCAAUCAGCAGGUGCCUUCGACUCAACCCAGCAGCAUCUGCACUGGUCACUUUGAGGUGCUGCUGCACUUCAGCUCUCUGGUUCCAGUGAAAUCCACUUCUCUUUUAGGCCUUUUCGAAUGAAUAAUUGGCUCGAGACAUUGAACUCAUCGUCUACGCCAUUCCCCCCCUGGUUGGGUUUGUUGAAAACUAUUGUUCCUUUUGUGUUUUAUGAACUACAUCAGGAAGACUUGAGACCUGAACUCUUUCCCUUUUGACAUUUUACUAUGGAACUGUCUGGUGCUUGUGUGUUUAGUC